AUGGUCGUAUCAUGGCAGGCGCAUGGCUUCAUUCAUGGUGUCAUCAAUACGGGCAAGCUAGCUAGUUUCCACGUUAUAGCAUGCUGUGGCUAUCUGAUCCCCCACAGAGUAUGCCCCCACCACAUAUGCGACCACUCCGACCAAGAAGGCCAGUAUACUUACAAUAGACUUAGUUUCCAUGGUAUAUUCAAAAAAAAAACUGGCAUUCUCCUUAUGGGAACACGGGAGCCGAAACGCCUAGACACGGGUAACGCGACGGAAGGAUGGCCCGCAUGGCUCGAUGUAUAUGCCGCUCGCAUCGAAUGA